AUGGAUCAAGGCGCCAAUGGAUUUAUCCUUGGCAAUGAUGUACGUGUUGUGAAUUCAUCUGGUACAUUCAUUGAUUUGAAUGGUAUUGACAAUCACACAGUUCGAAACCUCCAGUUGGCUACUGCGGUUGUGUUCAUGCGAAGUGAUCAUGGUCCCAUCCUUGGUCGCAUCCACCAGGGUGCCGUCAUGUAUGACGGCCGUACCAUUGCUUGUCCCGGUCAGAUGGAGCACUUUGGUUGUUGUGUUCACGAGAAAGCCAAGACCGUGACUGGAGUGGACCCCUACUUUGUCACACCCAAUGGUUUCAGAGUCCCCAUGGCCAUGCGCAAUGGACUUCCGUAUGUAGACUGGCGGCCACCCACUGAUGCUGAGAUGGAAGACGACUCCAUCCCUUUGAUAGAUUUGACUAGCCCACACCCGUGGGACCCCUCGUGCCUUGAUUCGGUCCCGUCCGAUGAUUGGUAUGACACCCAAAGUACUACCGUCCUUGACGAUGCAGAUUCCCCUUUCGACAGCUUGGGCAGACUCAAGCCUUUGGAUGACGAUGCCCUGACUCCAUCUCGUCCCACCCCCAAGCAGUCCAUUGAUCGCCGCGGUAUUAUCGCUGCCAUGGCUGACCUUGUCAAAGACGAUCUGGUCCCUGCCUGUGCUGAUGAUGUCCCCGCCCUCUUAUCCCGCCAGUGCCAUCAUUAUGACUCCAGCUCCGACGAUGAUUCUGACCUUGAGGAUGACUCUGACAUUGAAGACCUCCGACAGUGCUUUGCCCGUGUCCCCGACCUUUUGUCCCCCUAUGACGACUCCUCUGGUGCUGAAGACUCCGACUCCUCUGCUUCGUGGGGAGCCUCCAAGUACUCGCUCCCGUUCCCGUCCCACCCGCCCUCUGACCCAACGAAGGAUGGGGAGAAAAGGACUCGGAAGAUGCCUGAAGUCAGACGACCUCGUUCCAAGAAGCAGUCCUCCGUUGACAGACGACCACGAGUUGAGACAGUACUCCCAAGCGAUGAUGAUGACAGUUCCAGCGACGUUGAAGAUGAAGAUGGAGACAUUCUCAAGUCGAACAACAGGGCCAAGCACCAUACCGGUGUUGAGCGGCCGCCCAUAUCCCGCAAGCGGCCCCCUGAGCAGAUUCCAAUGAUGGGGCGGUUCUUUCCGGGAACUAGUGACGAGACACUCAAGCGAACACUGGAUGCCACUACCCAGUAUGGUACCAAGGGAGCUGUCCAAGGUCGUACUCUCCGAAGCCAGAUACUAUCGCCCAACCCGAUCCUCAACAUUCCGAGAAGGCAAGAGGAUGUGGCCACGGAUACUAUCUACGGCAGUGUCCCUGCGGUUGACGACGGAUCUGUGGCAGCCCAAUCCCCCAUUGGACGCACAUCCCACAACAGGUCAUUACACCCCGCUGGCACCAGUGACGCAAGCUAUGUCAAGACACUGAUGGACAACAUCCGAAGGUUUGGAGCAAUGAACUGCAUCAGGAGCGACAAUGCCCAGGCCCAGGCAAGCAAACGGGUCAAGGACAUCCUACGGACCUUUUGCAUCAACGACCGAACCUCUGAGCCAUACAGAGGGAAUCAGAACUAUGCAGAACACGGAUGGAAGGAUACCAAGACCAAUAAGACGCAGCUGGUGCUGGACACCAAGAAUGCACCAUCCAAGUGUUGGCUGACUGCUGGCCAGUAUGUGACCACCCUGCAGAGGCAUAUGAGAGCCUUGGAUGGAGAACUCCCUUUGAGUGGUUGCAUGGAGUAUGUUGGUCAUGGCAUGACGUACAAGAUUCUCACUGAGGACGACAAGAUCAUCCAUCGGGCUGUCGCUAGAACAGCAAGACUCGGCAAUGAAUUCACCAAUUGGAAGGCGGAUGCGCAGGCACCCAAGCUUGCGCCCAAACCCAAGCCAUUUGUGGACGGGCCACCCUCAAAGACCAUCGAAGGAGGUAUUGAUCUUGGGGAGUCCCAUGACGCUACAGUGUUCCAUGACGCCAUCCGGCACGAUAUCAGCUCACACCUGAGAGAGGACGACAUUCUCCAAGGUGGCACACUACCGACCAUUGAUGUGUCAGGUUUGCUCAACCGAACGUUCAUAACCAACCCGGACGACAAUGGGGAGCAGGCAAGAGCCAAGAUUGUCUCUGCGACGCCCACAGGUGAGACUGACGCUGAUGGCAAGGAGGCUGUUUUCAGAUUCCGAUGCAAGCAUGGAGACAAGUGUUUCGAGGAGACCAAGGCCUACUCCAAGAUGCUCGAAUGGUGUGACCGUGACCUUGACCUGGACGACAUGUUCAAGAUUGACUCUGUCCAAGACCACAGGCCAUCCAAGACACGCUCCAAGUUUGAGAUCCUUGUUGAAUGGGCAAGCGGGUGCAAGACAUGGGAAGAUAUGGGGUUCAUCUUCAAUGAUGAUCCAGUUUCUGUUUCCCUGUAUGCGGUGAAGAACAACCUGGCUGAAGAACUUCCGGAACAAGCCGGUGUACAAGUAUGGGCACCAGCUUCCAAGGAAUCAUGCUGA